AUGGGCUCACUGGAUUAUCCACGACCUCUACCGGCCGUGUGGGACCACAUCGCCGAGACUGAGCCUAAUAAAGUCCUAUUCAGCAUUCCAAUUGGCUCAGAGGUCUCUGAUGGCUAUGAGGAUAUCACGGCUCGUACCUUUGCGGAUGCGAUCCAUCGUGCGUCGUGGUUUUUGGAGCGCGAAUUGGGCAGGUCUACCACCUUCGAGACUCUUGCCUAUCUCGGCCCAAGCGAUCUCCGGUACAUCAUUAUUAUGUCAGCAGCCUCAAAAGUUGGUUAUCAAACCUUCUGGACCUCUCCGAGGAACAGCUUUGAGGGCCACGUCAAGCUUAUGGAGGCGACGGAAUGCUCAAUCUGUCUCACACCAUCAGCAACUCCCCCAGGCCUCGAGCCAGUGAUCGAACGCUUGCAAAUGCGGCAUGUAACUGUUCCAGAGCAGAAUGUUUGGCUUCACUCUCCCGAGCCGGGGUCUGGCCUGAUGCUAGCCCACCAUUUCGCACAAUUCCUCAAUCAAGUCGUAGUCUUACCGCCUCCAGAUAAGCCUGUAACUCCAGAGCUAUCAGAUGAGAUCGUCCGCAGCGGGCUGGUAGACGGUGCCUUCCUUGCUCCAGCGAUCAUCGAUGCUAUAGCCAAAGAACCGGAGUUCCUAGAAAACUUGCGGAAGUUAAGAUUCGUCAUCUUCGCUGGCGCGCCGUUAUCAACCGAAAUCGGCGAUGUGGUCCGCAGCAGGACCAGGCUUCUUAACGCAUAUGGCCAAACAGAGCUCGGUCUCAUUGAUGAAUAUCGCCCAGACGACGAAGACUAUGCAUACGUCGAGUUCGGCCGGCUUUCCAACAUGGAGCUCCAGCACCACUCGGGCGAUCUGUACGAGGCCGUCAUGGUUAAAAAACCUGAACUUGCUCAGUUUCAAGCAGGGUUCAUCGCCGACCCUGAAGCUACUGAGAUUCGGUCUCGCGACCUAUUCGCGAGACAUCCGGAUCCGAAGAAGCCAAAUCUCUUCAUCCACCGCGGGAGGGCGGAUCAUGUCAUUGUCUUUGAGACGGGCGAAAAGAUCAACCCAACAUCCAUGGAAGCCUUGAUAAGCACGCAUCAGAGAGUCAAAUCGGCACUAGUGAUAGGGGAAGGUCGCUUCCAGUCCGCAUUGUUGGUUGAGCCCCGACACCCUGUGGAGACAGACAAGGAAAAAGAGGAACUACUUGAACAUAUUUGGCCCAUCAUCGAAGAUGCCAAUAGGGACUGUCCUGCACAUGGCCGAGUCGUAAAAAGCCAUGUGCUCUUUACAGAGCCAGGAAAGCCCUUCCCCCGGACAGGCAAGUCAACCAUUAGCCGUCCCGCUACUCUGGCUCUGUACAAAGAUGCAAUCGACCAAGUCUACAAUGCUGCCGAUUCGAUGCUUAGUGAGAACGCGCUCAGCAUUGAUCUUGCCGAGUCCCCGGAAUUUCUGCUGAAGCAGUUACGAGAAUUGGUUCGAACAACUACAGAUCUCGAGGUAGGCGGAGACGACGACAACUUGUAUCAGCUCGGUAUGGAUUCUCUUCAAACCCUGCAACUCUCUCGAGCUCUCCGGAGCAGCUUGGCAAAAUCUCACCAGAAAGUCGAUAAACUCGCCCCAAGCUUUAUUUAUGCUCAUCCGACCCUAAGAACAUUGAGCGAGGGUCUGCACAAUCUCUAUCAUGCAAAUGGUACUCAUGUAGAUGCAGAAGCGCACCUGCGGGAGAUGGAAUCAAUCCUGUCAGAAUACUCUCAGAUGCUGCCGAUCAAGAAGGCGAAACCGAGCCCUCGCUCCAUGCGGUCAGAACGUAUGAGCGUGCUCCUGACUGGGUCGACUGGAAGCUUGGGCUCAUACCUUCUUCACACGUUGUUGCAGCAAGAGCGUGUAGACCACGUCUACUGUCUGAACCGUUCGGCUGACGCAGAGUCUCGCCAAGCUUCGGCCAACACAGCACGUGGCUUGGUCAACUCUUUUGAUUCCUCUAGAGUCACAUUCUACACUUGCGAUUUCUCAAAGCCGCUCCUGGGACUCGAUGAGGCUGUGUAUGGCACCUUGCUGAACCAAGUCACGCAUAUUAUCCACAAUGCGUGGACCGUCAACUUCAAUCUGUCGCUUGCGACCUUUGCAAAGACGAACAUCGAAGGCAUCAAGACUUUGAUCGAGUUCAGCGUCGACUCCGCUCGGCGAAGUCAGAUCUUCUUUGUGUCCAGUGUUGGGACCGCGGUGCGCUGGAAGAAGGCUGGCCACCCAGGCGCUGUUCCAGAAGAGGUGAUGCCUGAUCCCAGGACCGCUGAAGAACAGGGCUACGCGCAAUCCAAAUGGAUCUCGGAACAACUGUUGCACACUGCUAAUGCCAAUAACAACGUUGAUGUAUGCAGUCUCCGUGUUGGCCAGAUUGCAGGUCCAGUAGGAACAGACAAAGGGGCCUGGAACAAGACCGAAUGGUUCCCACUGUUCUUGACUAGCUGCAAGGUGCUGGGGAUGCUACCAAAGCAACUCCCAGUCUCCAAUACCAUCGACUGGAUUCCGGUCAACAUACUCGCCGAGGUUAUUGUGGAGCUUGUUCAGCAUGGCGCCAGUGGCGAGGGCAGUCUCGUGUACAAUCUGGUCAACCCGUCUUCGAGCACAUGGCAAGAGCUUUAUCCCAUCGUACGCCGCGCACUUGCAGAGUCCGGCGAGAAUGAAAUCAAGCUCGUCGAGUAUGCCGACUGGGUGCGAGCCCUGGAGAGAGUGGCAUCGGAGAAAGUCACUCAAACCGAGGUUCAGACCAAUCCUGCGGUCAAGCUACUGGAAUUCUUCCAGGCCGUGGCGAUAGACGAUGACGAUGAAGCCGAGUUGAAUAUAUCAACUGAAAAGGCAACAAAAAGGUCACCGACACUGCGAUCGUGUUCACCCGUAACGGCGGAAUGGAUGUCUCUGUGGGUAGGUCAGCUAGGAUUAGGGUUGCGGAACUAG